AUGGCGAGCAUCCCAGCGAGACCGCCUCGCUUCGGCGUCGACGACCACAUCCACGCAGCCGAUGCCCACUCGACCGCUUCCCACGGCUCGUCCAGCCGCUACGCUCCCGCUUCGGGCACCCGCUCCACCGGCACGCCUGCACCUACGCCUAUCGCUCUCGACGAUGUGCUAGCUCGUGCCAACUCCGAUCACGUCGCUGCAUUGGAUCGAGUCCUGGCCGAGCGCAACCAGUUCUGUCUAGACAACGCCAAGCUCUCUUCCGAAAAUGUGCGCAUCUGGAACCUCAUGGGCCGCAUCCGCAAGGAGAACGAAAACCUCAAAGCUAGAUGUGCCGAACUCGAACGCGCACAUGGCCUUCCCUUGAGCGCUGCCAAAUCCUCGUCGAUCAACUCGGCGGGCGCGGUGCCGGGCUCUCCUGCGGCUGGCAGCCGAAGGCGACUUCAGCAGAGCACCGAGGCCGAGAGGUCCAGCAGUCCCCUCAGUCCACCUCGCCACACCCGUGAGCAUUCACAACCGGAUCGCGAACAGCGGCUGGGUCCCGCCAAUACCGCCACCGGCGCGCUCAACGGCACCAACCACAUCUACGACAGCCCUCUCACCAGCGUCGAUCAGGGCUCAUCUCGGACGCCUCAGCCGGUCGACUAUGGUGCCGACAGAUCUGCUCAAAAUGGCUCGCAGGCGUCCAUCAUGCAGCAGAGAGCGGCCGCGCAGGCGCAGGCCCAGUCCAUCUCGCGCUCGCGCCCUCACCACGCCCCAGACGAUGUCACCGAUCCUUCUGCUGGCCACGAAGACUUCGAAGCCAUCGACCGCAGUUCAGCUUCGGGCACCGACGACGGCUCUCACAACAUGGGCGGCAUGCCACGGGCUCCUGCUCAGGAGCGAUUGCGCACGCCCGUUCAACAGCAGCAGCCGUACUCUUCGCCCUCCGCUGUGCCGACGUCUCCGUAUCAACCUCAGGUCGAGAGACCUGCCGAGACGGAGAGGUCGCUGCUGGCAUCUGGUCCCAACCGCAACCGCGCUGAGGCUAUCCCUACCAUGGUGCCUUCCUCGACCAGCACGCGGUCUCUCGUCAACAAGGUUCUCCCCGAUGACAGGAUGGGGCGUGGUCUCCUCUCACGCAAAUCCAAGGACGAUGUACCGAAGCGCGUGCUCGCUCCUCGCCUCGACUCGUCCCUCCUGCGGGUCGCCAGCAUCAAGAUCCAGGGGACCAACUACCGCUCGCCUGACCGCGGCAAGGACUCCAUCUCGUUCUUCAUCACGGUCGACAUUCUGCAGCCUCCCGCCUCCUGGGGUGUCAGCAACAUGUCCUCAGCCGAACCCACACCACCCACGUCGUGGACCAUCGAGAAGAGCUACAGCGACAUUGUCGGCCUCGAUGCCAAGCUUCGCAGCAAGGUCGGCAAGAAGGCCUCUCAGCGUCUUGCCCCUCUUCCCGAGAAGACGCUCUUCAAGGACCACGCGCCGGCUAAGGUCGAUCAACGCAAGGCGCUGCUCGAGAUCUACCUGCAGAGCCUCAUGGUGCUCGAGCUGCCGGACAAGGACGAGGUCUGCACCUUCCUCUGCACCGAUGUGGUUCCCAACCGCAAAAGCGACCCGAGCGCGACCACCAAGGAGGGCUUCCUCACCAAGAAGGGCCAGAAUCUCGGCCGAUGGGUCACCCGCUUCUACGUGCUGCGCAACUCGUACCUCAGCUACUUUGAGACGCGCGGCGGAGCCCAGAUCGGCAGUAUCAACAUCCGAGAUGCCCAGAUCGGUCGACAGCAGAAGAGCGCCGCCUCCAGCGAGCAGGACGAGAACGCCUACCGCCACGCUUUUCUCAUCCUCGAGAAGAAGGAUGGCGGCCCGGACGAGCCUGCCCACGUCGCCCGACACGUUCUGUGCGCCGAAAGCGACGAGGAGCGCGACGACUGGGUCGACGUCCUGGUGCGCGCCAUCGCCGAGCUCGAUGGCAACUCGAUCGACGACUUGCCCUCGUCUCCCACUCGCAUGAUGAGCAAGAUGUCGCUCUCCCAGAAUCCGUCUACGCCGAGCCGAGAUGGUCCAUACAGCAGCCGACUGCCCGACGCUCCCUUUAGCCCCUCCGUCGACAACUCGAUGCGCCAAUUCGCCGGUCACGAAAUGGAACGAGGAUCGUCGCUCGGACAGGACUCUAGCAGGAACAAUUCUGCUCACCCCAACAGCCUAGACUCGACGGCGACUGGCAGGCCAGCCGCCUCGAGUGCUGCGACGUCCCUGCCACAGUCCGCCUCGCACCGCAGCUUCCAUGAGCCUCGAUCGCCCGCCAUGACGAGGAACGCUGACCUGCAAGACGCGCCCGGCUCGCCUGUCCCCCGCAGAGACUCGACGGGACGACCCAAGGCAGCCAUCAGCGGUCCGCUCAACGGGGCGCCCAUCCCUGCAGGCUACAAGUUCGGCGGAAAGGAAGAAGGCGCGUCGGACAAGAAGGACGACAAGAAGCGCUUCUGGCAAGGCUUCCGUGGCUUCGGUGGCAACGACAAGCAGCACCGCGAGCCUCGGCCUGUGUUUGGCGUGCCGCUCCUCGAGGCAAUUGCCAUCUCGAGCUCCCACGAGGGUCUGCCUCUGCCAUCGGUCGUCUACCGCUGCAUCGAGUAUCUCGAGAAGCGCAACGCCUUCAUGGAGGAAGGCAUCUACCGACUCUCGGGCUCCUCCGCGGUGAUCAAGACGCUCAAGGACCGCUUCAACAUGGAGGGCGAUGUCGAUCUGCUCGACGAGAACGAGUUCUACGACCCGCACGCCAUCGCCGGUCUCCUCAAAACAUUCCUCCGAGAGCUGCCCACCAGCGUGCUCACCCGCGAGCUGCACAUGGACUUUAUGCGCGUCAACGAGAUCCCGGACCGUGUCGAGCGCGUCAACGAGCUCGGCUACCUCGUCUCGCAGCUUCCGCUCGCCAACUACUCGCUCCUCCGCACACUCUGCAGCCACCUGAUCAAGAUCAUCGAGCACUCGGACGUCAACAAGAUGACGAUGCGCAAUGUGGGCAUUGUCUUCAGCCCGACGCUCGCCAUUGGAGCGGGCAUCUUUGCGCUCUUCCUCACCGAGUUUGAUACCGUGUUCGAGACGGAUGCGAACGGGGAGCCUGCGCCGAGGCGGAUCGAGGAGGAGGUGACGACGGCGGGUGGGGAUAGCUCAGCGGAUAUGGAUGGCACGAUCGAUGCAGGUUCGAGACGCAACAAGCGCAACAGCGCUAUGUACCGCGAGAGCCAGAUGGACAAGCUGCUCGGUCUCGAAGGUCGCACGCUCAGCCCUCGGGCGUUGGAGGAAGACAUGUCUGGGAUUCCGGACGAGCCGAUCGACGAGACGUGGGCUGCACAUGCGAUCGCCCGUGCCGAACGCAACGGGUCUGCUGGACAGCAUCAGUAUGAUCAGCAGCACCUCGAUGGUGGAGAGGAGCAGCAACAGCACCAGAUGCACGGCGCCUUCCAAACGCCGUCGACCGUCGUUGGCUAA